CUCCACCUGCCAAGGAUCCUCUCUCUCGCCAGCCCCAUGGAGCGCUCCCGGCUGCCUCUCCUGUCCCUCCUCGGCCUCUUCGGCGCCCUCCUGAUGCUCUCCCCGGAGCUGCUCCUGGGGAUAGACGGGUGUCUUUCCGACGUGCCUGUCACUGAUCCGAGGCUGCAGAAAGUCCUCGCUUUUUCCCUGGACCUAUACAACCGGUGCAAUCAUAGCAGCAUGACUUAUUUCAAAGUGCUGCGAAUUCUGGGGGCGCAGUGGCGGGAGAAAACUAGGGACGAAUACCAUGUUUCGGUGGAGUUGAUGGAAACAACAUGUAAAAAAUGGCCACAUUGGCCAUAUGAUUAUGAGGAGGUCCAGAAGUGUGAGCAAGUUCCAGGGAAUCAGAAGAAACUCACCUGCUACUUUAAAGUUAUACACGCGCUUUCCAAGAUGGAAUUGGCAGUCAACCUCCUGUAAGUGAUCUGGACCUCCGAAGGACCUCUUCUGCUCAGGCUAAGGAUUCUGAGGUGUCCCGCAGCCGAGCAACAUCUGGUGUGCAAACUGGCUUCACACCAAGUUCUGUUUCUAAUGAUA